UGGUGGUCCCAACGGUCCCACUCCCCCUCCUAAGGACAAUGCCAAACCCGCAGAUCCGACUAAGCCAAAGAAAAAAGAAAAGGUGAAGAUGAAAUUACCUUUCACUUUUUCUAAUAAGAAAGAAGAAAGCCUUCCACUCUGGAUCGCAGAGAUCCAGACCUAUGUUGGGACUGCACCGGUAGAAGAAGAGUCGCAAGUUGCGUUCACCACUUCUUGUAYGGGUGGUGAAGUGAAGCAGUGGGUUCUGGCGGAGGCGAAUGCCGCGGGGUUUGACGAUAUAGGCGAGUGGGCGAAGACGAUGACCUUGAAGCAGUUCCUUGCAAAGGUCAAGGACCGCUUCUUGGACAAGACCACGGCCGAUAAGGCCUUCGACCAACUCACCUCGAUAGGACAGAAGUCCUGGUCUUCCAUUGAGUCAUUGUCUCGUGAGGUGGACCGCCUGUUGCAAGUUCUUGGUCUUAACCUGCAGGACUCUCAGGUCCUUUAUAUCUACUCCCGCGCGUUGCCCGAAGCGAUACGAGGGCACUUGGUCGCCGAGGCCAAGUCAGGUAAGUAUACCUACCGCCAGUUCCGCGACCUUGCAUUGCAGCGGGAACAAAUGACUUCGCAAGUCAAAGGUUCCUAUGCUGCUGCCGUAAAGAAUGGAGGAGGAGGCGGUCGAGGAGGCUACGGCAAGCGGGUCAUAUGGUGUCAAAAGCGCCAAGACCACACCCUCGUCGUAUUCGACGACGAUACAAUGGAGAAAUGGCCAUUGGAGUCCGAGGGUGGUGGUGAGAGCAACAGUGACUCCGGAAAGGGGGAGAUCACUGCUACGACGGUCAACAAGGGAGGACCGUCAUCGAACACUCGACCGAAGGGAAGACCACGCUCCUUCCCAUACCAUCCUGGGAUUGCGGCCGGCAGACCGUGGCUGAAGAUGGGACUACCCCGGGAGGAAUUCAAAAGGGAGCAGCCAGUAGGAAUAACAUCUGUUCCUACAGAGUCGGAGAGUGCGAUCACAUGCAAGGCGCCUACGAUCCCUUUCCACACUCCGACUCCCGUGGCAGAGGAUGGAAACCCUUCCGCCCGUCGUUCAGAUAUCCCYACUCCUGUCUUAUGUCUGUCUCUGGACGACUCCCUUGACGAGYWGGGUAGCGAGCUAGUCGCGUUACGCAGUUCGUGGGCGAAGAAAGCCAAGUCUAAGGGGGAACUAUUGAUUGUCGAUUUGGUUGUCAAUCGCACACACGUUGGUGCGAUGCUGGACCCUGGGUCCACACGAUCUUACAUAUCUGAACGUGCAAUCCGCAAGUUGCACCUCGGCAUGAAGAUCCAAACGUUAGCUAGACCAAUCAUGUCUAUGUUGGCUGACAAAAGCACGAUGACGGUAACGCAGUACGUCGAUCGUGUUCGAUGUCAGUUCAGUACUAAGGAUAGGAAGAAGAUUUGGCAUGAGCUUCCCUUCCUAAUCGAGAAGAACAUGCCAUUUGAUAUCAUCUUGGGAAUGGAUUGGCACGAGGAAGUUGAUCCCAAUAUUGAUUUCAAACAGAAAGACGUACGAAUCAAGGAUGAAUCGUCUGAAUUGCAAUCAAUUAAGUUGUAUCAUCGGUCAGGGUCUGAUUCUGUCUUGUCUUUCUGUUGCAUGAGCUACCCUGCAUUCCGAUCGAUGGUUGCAAAGAAGAAGUUAGAGGAUGAGGUAGUAAUGUUGUUAGUUAAGAAAAUAGAAGAGUCUUCAACUACCCAUCCUCCUGGCAUAGAUGCACUCCUAACGGAGUUUGCCGAUAUUAUGUCUGAGCCUACCGGGGUCACUUCGCGAGCUAUCAAGCACACGAUCGAGAUCGUGCGCGGUAGCAAGGUUCCCAAGGGCCCUAUCUAUCGCAUGUCUCCAAGGGAACUUGAGGAACUAAAGAAGCAAUUGUCUGAGUUGACGGAGAAGGGAUGGAUUCGCCCUAGCUCCUCUCCUUAUGGCGCACCUGUCUUGUUUGUGCCCAAAAAGGAAGGUGAGUUGCGCCUUUGCAUCGAUUACCGAGGGUUGAAUGUUGUCAUCGUCAAAAACGCCGAACCUUUGCCAAGGAUCGAUGAUCUCUUGGAUCUGUUGCAGGGUUGUAAGGUCUUUAGUAAGAUCGACCUUAAGUCUGGGUACCACCAGAUCGAGGUGGAUCCGGCCGAUCAGCAUAAGACCGCGUUUCGUACGAGGUAUGGUCAUUACGAGUUCAUCGUGAUGCCAUUUGGUCUAACGAACGCACCUGCGACCUUCCAAAGGUCCAUGAACGAGUUGUUCAGGCAAUGGCUCGACGACUUCGUCAUCGUCUAUCUGGAUGAUAUUCUAGUAUAUAGUAAAACACUAGACGAUCACCAGAAACAUCUACGUCUAGUACUCGGGAAGUUACGCGAGGGUAACUUCAAACUCAACCCAAAGAAAUCCGAGUUCGCUAAGUCUGAGGUCCUAUACUUGGGGCAUAUAUUGAACGAGGAGGGAUUAAGGCCUGAGGAAAAGAAGAUCUCGGCAAUCAGAGAUUGGCCGCAGCCAAAGACUCUGACAGACCUUCGAUCUUUUCUUGGUUUGGCGAGUUACUAUAGGAAGUUCGUUAGGAACUUUUCUGUUAUCGCUGCACCAAUGAGAAGGUUGCUUAAGAAAGGUACUGUCUGGCUAUGGGAUAAGGAUUAUGAUUUGUCUUUCCGAAAGCUGAAAUAUGCUCUAACUCACUAUCCUGUCCUCAAGAUUGCCGACCCGUCUCUUCCUUUCAUUGUUACGACUGACGCAAGUCAGUAUGGUGUUGGUGCUGUCUUACAGCAAGACGACGGCAAGGGCUACCGCCCUAUUGAGUUUAUGUCUAAACGACUGCCGUGCGACAAAGUCGCCAACUCCACCUACGAAAGGGAGUUAUAUGCAUUAGUCUAUGCCCUAGAAACGUGGAAACACUAUCUUCUUGGCAGACACUUCACUGUGUACUCGGACCACUCGACUCUAAAGUGGAUCAAGACACAACCUCGAUUGUUUGACAAGUUGGUGCGUUGGUCUGCUUUUAUUGAUACCUUUGAUUUCGAACUCAAAACAAUUAAAGGUAAGUCUAAUGUUGUAGCAGACGCACUAUCUAGGAGUAGUGAUUUCUUUGGGGCUAUAGUCUCUUACCUGGAUGUUGGGAAUGAUGUGAAAGAUCAGACUCGCGCUGGAUAUGCCACUGACCCUGUCUGGAAACCAAUCAUGGAUAUCCUAGCCAAGGAUCCAUCCCAACUUCCUCACUACCGAUUGUCUGAUGGCUUACUCUUCUUGUUGGACCAAACUGAACAGAGAUUAUGCAUUCCUCACAAGGAAGAACUUAAAAGUUUGCUGAUUGGGGAAUGUCCUGACACAGAGGGACACUUUGGUUUCAAGAAGACGUAUGUUGAAGUACGUGAGCACUAUGAAUGGAAGGGUUGAAAGAGGAUGUGCUAACAUAUGUUCGUACAUGCCAAGUAUGUCAGAGAAACAAACCGUUUACUGAGAA